AUGAAACACUCUAUAAUUGUUAAAAUCACAGGCAAAAUGUUAAUCAAAACGUUCGGACUUAUUUUAUUUUUCUCAUCUUCUCAAUCAGAAAAUCUUUUUAGGCCAAACUUGCCACUGGGUGAAUAUCGCGUGGAGUUUGAUAAAAUAUAUCAGUGUGAAACAACAAAAAACCAUUCGAUUCAAUUUAAUUGGUAUAUAAAUAAAAAGACACCAAUUCUAACCGAGUUAAAAGGGAAUGCGACACUUUUGAUACCUUUCGAUGAUACUCUUACACUCAAUGGUAACCUUGCGUCUUGGGGCUCAACUGGCGGAUGGGUGCCAAAUGCAUAUAUUCUCAAUGCAAAAAAAGCAUGCAGUACUGUAAAACUUCUCGGUGGAAAUGUAUGGCUUACCGUUUUAGAGGGUUUCAAUGUUCCAACUAAUAAAUGUCCAAUUCCAGCGGGCACAUAUGUUACGUCAGGGAUCGAUAAGAAGAAAUUUGAAGAUUUUAACUUUCCCAAAGUAUAUUUUUAUGGAAAAUAUAAAGCUGUGGCUCGCUAUAAAAAUUUGAAUAAUGAAGUAGUUUCCUGCACUGUUGCUGAGUUUAGUCUUAUACGACCUUGGGAAACACCAAUUUGAUUACACUAUAUGAAAUAAUAAUUUAAUAUGUUAUUGGCUUAUCAUAAAGGUUACCUAUGUAAUAAAUAUUUUUAACAGUCUAAAUCAGAUUUGAUUCGUAUUCUAGGUGGGGGG